AUGUCAGCCAAAAACAAACCAGUAAUGCAGAAUGGAAGCCGCAAGCAAAGCAGUGUGUUACAGAGAGUUCUGCAGUUUCCCACAGUGAAUUCAGCCCUCACCAGUCUCCAGAGGACCUAUGCCAGUGCCAAAGAGAUUCACCCCUUAAUGGCAUCCAUAUGUGCCACCUGUGAGCGAGUUCUCCAGGAUGCCAGCUCCUUGGCUCUGUGGAGUGUGAAGUCUGUGGCACACAAGCUGGAGCCUCAACUUGCAGCAGCCAAUGUUUUGGCAUGUCAAGGUUUGGAUCAUUUGGAGAAGAAGAUACCUAUCCUUCAAAAACCAGUGGAGGAAGCUACGUCUGAUUUGAAGGACACCAUUCUGGCUCACCUUCACUAUGUGAUAUGCUCUGUCAUGAGCAUCCUGGACAAAGUCUUAGGAUUGUCUGCUGAAAAUAACAAGCAGUCCAAGAACAGCCUGAAGAACAAGACAGAGAAUGCAAAGAGCAGUCAAGUGGCCCAGGUGGCUAAAACCUCUGCAGUUGGGAAGUUGGAGAAGGUGGUGGAUCGGAAAACGAAGCCCAAUUCAGUCCACAAGUCUCCAGCGGGAUGUGCCUCAGAGAAGAUGCCUCCUUCCAGCGCCCUUGCAAGCAUCAAAUCUUUAGCUGCUGCAUUUUCCCAGCUUGCUUUCAGACCGACAUCCCAAGCCAUCCAGGUUACCAAGGACACAGGAUUGAAACUGGCUAUGUGGAUCUCAUAUUUGUUCCCCUUCCCAAGGGCUGUGAUGACAGAAGAGGAAACCAUGGUGAUGGGUCCUCCAGAAUCUUGCCUAGGACAAGAUGAUGCCCGGCUUGUUACUCCCGAGAGCAAGAGGCUGCAAGAACGGCGGUCUAGCCGGGGACAUUAUCCUCUUCCCUUCCUCAAUCUUGAUGAGCCCCUCACCCCUCCUCAAAGCCCACCCUCGGAAGCUGAAUCUGCUAUGGCCUGGAAAUCUUCCAGCAGCAGGAGAUGGAGCGAAGGCCUGUUUCGGUCCAGCCUGGAAACCACCCACAUGAGGACACACUUCGCAAGACUCUACAACUCCGCCAUCAAGAAAGACUAAGCCAGUGAGUGGGUUUGCUGCUCAUUGAGCUAAACUAGGAUUUGUUAAGUGUGAAUUGCUAUCCCAAAAGGCAA